AUGCCGCAUGCGCUUGACGAGGUCAUUCCCACGUCCUUUGACGAGGGUACGCUGCGUGCGCUGUGCGACAUGGACUGCGGCAUGCCGCUGUUGUACGACCGCAUCAAGCAGUCUAUGACGUCUGCGCAGCAGACUGCGUCCUUCUUGAAGAAGCGCUCCGUCAUCGAGGAGGAGUACGCGCGCGCCAUGUCGAAGCUUGCGCGCAGCUCGGCAGAGAGCUACGCCAGCGCAGAGGGCAAGGCUGGCUCCUUUGUCACCUCAUGGACGGGCGUGAUGCGCACACACGAGUCGCUCGCCGACAACCGCCUGCGCUUCGCGGCCAAGCUGAGCGAGAUGAGUGACGAGCUCACGACACUCGCCAAGGAGGUCGACCGCAACCGCAAGCAGGCGCGCGAGACGGGCCUGCGCCUCGAGCGCAACUUGCAGGAUGCAGAGGCCGGCGUGGAGAAGGCACGUCUGCGCUUCGAUGCGACGGCGGAAGAUCUGGAGCGCUUGCUGCUGCUGAAAAGCGGCGAGUCGGCCAAGGGCGGCGAGCUGCAGGCUGGCACGGGUGGAAGUACGAGCGGGAAGCGGACGCUGGGCAAGGCGAUUGGAAAGAGCGGCCUGCUCUUCAAGAACAAGAACCCGAAUCAGAUUCUGAAGCAGGAGGAGGAUAUCCGCGCGCGGACAUCGACAGCGAGCGACGCUUUCCGGAAAGAGGUGCUCGCGACGCAGGGCACGCGGCAAGAGUACUUCAACCUGCAGCUGCCGCGCAUCCUUCGGGCCCUGAAAGAGAGCGCAGAGGAGAUCGACAACGGCCUGCAGUACCACUUGGUGCGCUACGCCUUCCUGUACGAGAGCACAGUGCUCGGCGACGGCAUGGCCAUCACACCCGUGCCAGCGACAGAGGGCUUCGGGCUCAAGUCCGCCGCCGAGUCCAUCGACAAUCGCGCAGACUUCAAGCAGUUCAUGCAGAACUAUCAGGUCGUGCACGCGCGCGACUACCGCGGCCCGCGGCGGGAAGGACCGUACGAGGAGGGCUUUGUGCGUGCACGAGUCGUCAAUCAGGGCAACACCGGCACGCAGGGCAAGGCCGCUGCUGCUGCCGCUGCGGCGCCUCGGCCUGUCGCAACAAGACCAAUCUUCGGCGUGCACCUGGUCGACCAGAUGGCGCGCGACGGCGUGGAGGUGCCGCCGAUCCUGGAAAAGUGUGCCGAGGCAAUCGAGGCCGUCGGCAUGCAAAGCAUGGGCAUCUACCGGCUGUCGGGCACGACGUCCAAGGUGCAGAAGCUCAAGGCCAAGUUCGAUGCCGCAGACUGGUCCACUGUCGACCUGCUGAACGACGAGGCGAUCAACGACAUCAACAUCAUCGCUGGCUGCCUCAAGCUUUGGUUCCGCGAGCUGCCAGAGCCGCUCAUGACGUGGGAGCUGUACCAGGGCUUCAUCGAUGCCGCAAAGGUGGAGAACGAUCGGAUGCGGCACAUCAGGAUGCACGAGCGUGUCAACGACUUGCCAGAUGCGAACUACGCGACGCUCAAGUACCUGAUGGGCCAUCUCGACAAAAUCCGUUCGGAGCACGAGUCGAACCAGAUGAGCAUCUCGAACCUCGCCAUCGUCUUCGGGCCCACGCUGCUGAGCCCGCCGCCCGGCACGGCGGGCGGCGAAGGGCCGGGCGGCGUGCACCUACAGGACAUGAGCUUCCAGUGCAAGGCCGUCGAGACGAUUCUCGAGCGCUACGCGGCCAUCUUCGUCGAUGAGGGCGAGGCGGCGGCGUGAGGAGCUCGCCGGCCGCGCUGUGGAUGAGGCAGCGCUGGCCCGCCCCGCCUCUGCUGCGUGUCUUAUCCUGCUGCUUGCUGCGCUCCUCUGCUGCUGGAACUGUCGUCGGAUGCUGCGUCUCCCCUGUCACCGUGCUGCUCCUGCGGCCUGCGCUCUGCCUGCGCCAAUAUAUAUCCCGCAUUGGACUCUGCCGUGGGGGCGAGGGCGCUUGCGAUGCGUGGAGUCGACACGCAGGCCGGGAGCGUGGGAGCGUUCGCACGCAAGGCGGAGCGGCCUGGGCGGCGACCUCCACGG